AUGGCUGGACAUCGAAAAAUGAUAAUUAUAACAUCAGAUGAAGAUUUAAUUCGUCAAGUCGUUUCGAAUAAAACUAAAAAUACACGUAUUAUUGAUUGGAUUGAUGAUAAUGAUAAUACUGAUGCGUCGUUUCUUGCACAAUUAUCUGAAGUUAAUUCUACACGUGAUCAAGUAUAUAAACGAGCACUUGAUUCAUCUCAUAAUGAGCAAUCAAAACAAGCAAAACUAUCAAAAAAAUCAUUGGAUAUAAUUUGUGCUAUUUGUAAUGAUCGUGCAAAUGGAUUUAAUUAUAAUGUUCUUUCCUGUGCAUCAUGUAAAGCAUUUUUUCUUCGAAAUGCAAAUCAACAGUCGAAGAGAAUACGAUGUAUAACAGGUCAAAAUCAAUGUUCAGUUGCACAUGAAAUACAGCGAAAAUGUCCACAAUGCCGAUUAAAUCGUUGUUUUGCUGCAGGAAUGAGACAAGAUUUUCUUCUUAGUGAUGAAGUAAAACAACGAAGAAAAAAACCUACAAAAGAUAAACGAAAUACUUCAUCAAAACGUUCCUCAACAGUCGAUCCAACAUCACAAUUUUCGACGAAUUCAGAACCACUUGAUGACAUCGAUCGUCUAUUAAUGGAUACAGAUGAAAAUCUUGAUUUAAAUAAUGAGUUAGAAGAUAUAUCAUUGAGAACAUUAUCUAUUGAAGAAUGGAUAACAAUUGAAAAUAUUCGAUCUUCAUUUUUAUUGAUUUUUCAAAAUGAAGAUAAAGGUUGUCCUUGUUUCGAUAUGUCAAGUCGUGCUAAUGCUCUUAUUUCUUGGUCCCAAUUCAUUAAUAGAGUGGCUCUAAAAUUUAUUACAUUCUUUCGACAAAUAGAUGAAUUUGAAAAUCUACAUGAUGAUGAUCGUUUUCUAUUGAUUAAAUAUAAUCUUCAUCCAAAUUUUUCAUUAUUCAAAAGUGUGAUUUAUAAACCAUACAAUGAUUGUUGUUUGACUGAUAAUAAUCAUAUGGCAGUUAGACAAUAUCAGUUCUAUAAUUUAUGUGGUGAUUCAUAUGGUAUUCGUGAAGCAUACAUACAUAUGAUAAGUUCUAUUGUUCAAGUAACUGAACAAGAUCCAAUAUUUUUAUCUCUCCUAUCGACAAUAUUUAUUUUCACUCAAGGUUUAGCAAUAAAUGAUGAAGGAUUAUUACUAAAAGAUUCAUUAGCUGUUUAUCGAGCUCAAAGUCAUUAUACAACAUUACUUUGGAAAUAUUUAGUUAGUAAGCAAGGUGAAAUACAAGCGCGCAGAUAUUUUACUCAAUUGUUGACGACAAUCUUUCAAAUACAGUUCGUGUGUAGAAGAUUUCAACAGUUUUUUCGUACUCAAAUAAUAUCAUGUAACACAGCGGAUAAAGUUGCACCGAUUAUGCAAACUGUUUUACAAAUUUAUUAA